UUCCCAACAAGGGUCAGAAAUAAACUUCCGGCACAGUCUUUUCCCAGCAUUCUUUGUUUACUUCCGGGUUUAUUACUACUAAAGGGAGAACGCCAGAUCAGAAAGGGGAGCUCAGGUACCUUCCAGAGAGUAAGAUCCAGCGCCCUUCUCUCGCUCCCCUUAAGCUUUCAUCCCCGCCAUGGCGGAGCUGAUUCAAAAGAAGCUGCAAGGAGAAGUGGAGAAAUAUCAACAGCUACAGAAGGACUUGAGUAAAUCCAUGUCGGGGAGGCAGAAACUUGAAGCACAACUAACAGAAAAUAAUAUCGUGAAAGAGGAACUGGCCCUGUUGGAUGGGUCCAACGUGGUCUUUAAACUUCUGGGUCCGGUGCUGGUCAAACAGGAGCUGGGAGAGGCUCGGGCCACGGUGGGGAAGAGGCUGGACUAUAUUACAGCUGAAAUUAAGCGAUACGAAUCCCAGCUCCGGGAUCUUGAGCGGCAGUCAGAGCAACAGAGAGAGACCCUUGCUCAGCUGCAGCAGGAGUUCCAGCGGGCCCAGGCAGCAAAGGCAGGGGCUCCUGGCAAGGCCUGACCCCAUGGUGGGGGAAGGGGAGCGGAGGGAAUGAGGCAGCUCUAAGAUCUAUAUUGUAGCUAAUAAAAUGUAAAAACACCUG